UAUUGUAUUAAUAAUUAUAUUGCUAAACAGAAAUCUAAAAGCAAAAAAUGUAUUCAAUGAAAAAUUUUACGAAAUUUGCAUCAUUAAAUGGCUUCGAAUGGGAGUUACUCCGAAAUUUCAUGGCAUGUGCGGCUCGGUCAGUUAAAGAGUUUUUAAAUGCUUGAGAUUGAGAGCACGUGUUAGGACAGUGACGAGUUAGCUAAAACGAAGUAUAGACCACGAGGGUCUGGUCGUUCGAUAUUCCAACGAUAGAACCUCGUGGGAAGCGAGGGGACAGGAGCGAAAUGGCAGGCAGAAACAGCAGGCGGCAACCGGAGUAAAAGACGAAGAGACGAAUCGAGGAGGACAGCCGGUGUUGAUCGCUCAAGUAGGGCCUGGAGCGAUGUAAAAAAAUGCAUACCUGCAACCGGAAGCCGAAUAAUGACAGAAGGGAAAGCUGAUGGCUUAAAUCAGGGCCGUAAUUAACGGGAACGGUGACGAGGAAACUCGGUCGCGCCGGCGCUAGCGAAAAAAUGAGUCAUGGUCGGCAUCGACGAUGAUGUCGACGUUCGUCAUCGUUAUAAGUUGAGCAGCUGAGGGUAGGGGAACCCCAGGUGCGGCUAUACAAGGCCUGAAGUCAAAGAAGAUACAUGUUCCAGUUUCCAGACUUUCGAAGUGUCUUUUACAGACGAAGCGAUGAUCACGAUUCGAACGAUUAAGAACAAUUAUUACGAAAUUAAUUUACUGAUUCUUAAUUAUGUUUCUCCAAUAUCAUUUAAGAAUUUAUUUAUGAAUGACAGGAAAAAUAUAUUAGUCCAGAUUCAGCGUUUUCGGAACGUAAAAGAUAUGGGGUCGAACAUGCUCUAUAAAAAGCAUCCAGACAGAUGUGAAAGAUUUUGAAAGAUCAAAAGAGUCCGAGCGAUAAAAAUGCAAUAAAUUUGAUUAAUUAAAAUACUGCGAUCAAUUAUGUUACACGCUAAACAUUGCAGUGGAACGUUAAAGACUGCGUAGCGUUGAGCAUAUGAAACAAUUUGAUAAUCCAUACCUUCAACCUCGUAAUUUGACUGCGCAAUCGGCUUUACGAAAAUGCGAAGCGCACGCAAGUGCUAGAUAAAACUUAUCUAGUGUUUGCCUUGGUGAUUGAUCGCAUUCCUCAUCAUGCGCGGACUGAAGCCGCAUCAGCCAGUAGAUAUUUAGCUGUUCCUGCCAGAGCAUUGAACCCCGGUUCGACCCGAGACUCCGUCACUCUACACAAAGAACCCCAUUUAGACACGUUCCUGUUAGCCGAGUUUGCCACGACUCAGGGCGCAAGUCUUCCUCCUCGGUCGGUCUCCGUGCCAAGCAAUUUAUUCGAUUCGUUCACGCUCAGAGACUGAGUCGCGCAAUCCGGAGCAGAUAAAAGUCCCCCGGCUCUCCGUCACCACCGUUCCAACCGCGUGUUGUCGUCCGGUGUAUCGGCGAUGAGAGAGGUCUCCUCCUGGUGAAGUUUUCAUCGUUCGUUCAAUCGCAGCGAGCGACAUCGGGCGUUUAGCAAUCACAAGGAAUUGCUGCGCAGCCAGCUAGCUAACCAGCCAGUCAGCCUGGCGAGUAGUCAGCGAUUUUGGAGCUGAACUCCGAAACGACGGCGCCGCGCCGCCAUUUUAGUGCGAGCACGUUUUCGCAAAUUGUCUUGUGCCUGGACGUUUUACGUUGUAAGGAGGCGAUUCGGAGCCUGAGACGUGGAACGAUCCAUCUGCGUGGCACAGCACCCCGGUGUGGUGGCGACAGCACCACGAAUGAGCGCCGCGUCGAGGAAACACCCGCGCGCAAAGUGAUUUCUCGCAGGAGAGUGGCGUUUUCUUUUCCGUUUCCUAAUUUGCGAGCGAUCGAGACCGGGACGUACUAUUUCGCACCAACGGCAGCUUAUACCAGCACUAUGAGUAAAAUGCUAGACACAAACUAUCGCACUGUGUUCUCUGUACUUAGAAGUCCCGAGGAGAGUGAAGAGUUUAAGCGAAUCAUCUGAAAAAAUCGCGCAGCAAAAGGAAAAAUCGUCGUCGUCGUCGUCAUUUCCUCCGCGAGGACGAUCGUAUUCGCAAAAAGUGUAUAAUCUGUUGGUGUUCAGUGUAGAGAAGUUUUUCUCGUUCUGUCUCUCCGUUUGCCAUACGUAUUUCUUAUUGUCGAGACUCGAGACGUCAUUGUUGACGUAGUUGGUGAACUAUUAAUAGAUUCGUGAUUUCGGGGAAUCUUGAAACGCGUUAAUUCUCGCGAUAUCGCGCAACUUCUUCCUCUAUUGAUUGGUUUGAUCUGAAAAAGGACUUACUCACGCGCUAAGUGUUCUUACACCGAGUGCGUCUGAUAAUCUGUUUGAAAAAAAAAAAGAACUACUGAAGACUCUCGCGUUUCUCCACGGGAAAAUCCCAUUGCGCGAGUGAAAAAAGCCGUGAGCUGUCACAAUCUUUCUGCCGAUCGAAACAUCCCGACGGCAACCCCGGAUACUCCGAUAACCCGUAAUGUAUUUGCGAUCGCGCCACCGAGCAGCACAAGGGAGGCACGAGCACAUAAGAGAGGCGGUAGGAGCUGGUGUAGCGGCCGCGUGCGGUCGCAGCGAUCACAGAUCGUCGUCCUCGAGGGCUAAAGGUGGAACGCAGUCGAGUAAAGCGGCGAGCCGUUACCGCGAUCUAGCGUUAGCACCGCAGCCGCAACCGCGGCCGCUACGAGGCGGCUCAUCCGCAGGCAGGGGUGCUUCGGACCUGGUGUACCUAAAACGCGGCAUGAGCGAGGGUGAACGAGCAGCGAUCACGCCACGAAUCGGCUGGCGAAAGCUCACCGACCCUGGCGACUGACACGAAUCCAGGAAGCCGAGGGCAGGUCCGAAGCGAUAGCACCAACUACCGCUGUUCGCUCAUCAGCAUCCUCGUACUCCUGCCACUCUCUUGACAGCCGACGUCAUCGGUCCAUGGUACUGGCACAACCGCGAGACGGCCUUCAGAGUCCGUAUUAGGACGCCGUCGUUGUCGUCGUCAUUGUCGCGUCUCCCGUGCCAGCUCGAUGCCGGCCAGAUGCCGGAUAACACGUCGCCAAGAUCCGCUGCGAGGACCUUGAAGAGGGAUCCCGAAAUGGCGGGCAAUCGGUGUCGGUAGCAGACGGGGUUAACGUCCCGAAGAGCGCAAUCGUUUCAAAAACGGCACCCACGCCUCGUCAUACCUCGCAGCUCACCGAUCGUCUUCGGCACCCUCUCCCUCUUUCCCAUUCGUCUUCAACGUGUUUUCAACGUCCCGGCUGAAUUUUUAGUCAUAGCGAAUAACGAAACUCUGUCUCACAUCGAGCGAUUCGAGGUGGCCCUCGAGAAGCGCCCGUAUACGGACAAUAAUUCGUUAGGUACUAAUAAGGCUAGUGUUAAAUUACAAUACGUAGUAGUGAGGAGCAGCAGGUAGCAAAGGAGGCGGGUCAAGAAGAUUAAUUGAUAUAAUGAUUAAUGAAAUAAUUGAUUAAUGAAUUAAUGGUUUAAGAGAAAGUUGAACUGAAAAAAAAUUCUUUGAAAAUUGGAAAACUUGACCAUUCUCGGAAGAACAAUAGAAAGGACAAUAGAAAUAGUAAAGAUAGUAAAAAAAGAGGGCAGAAGAGAUAGUAAAGAUAGUAAGAAGGAAAACAAAUACCGCAUCGAACGCGAGAAAUAAAAGAAGACGUCCGUGCAUUUCAAAGUUUUCGUCCUUACUCACGUUUCGGUUGAGCUGCAUUUUCUCAGUCAGUCGUGAGCAUGCCGCCCACGCCGAACAAGCUAAACCUGAGCUUCACCAGGAACGCUUACAGCGUUUUUGGUAGUCGCAGCGCGGCUACCGCAAACGAGCAUCAGCGCGAGCAAAAGACGGAACUGCUGGAGGAUACCCGAGCCAACGGCAUUCUACAUUUGAAGAAUGGCGUGGAUUACAUCAAUCCCGGUGAAGAGGACCAGAUGGAAAUUUACGGUUAUAGGCGAAACCGCGCGCAGACCGUUAUUAUCUGGUUCCUGAUUGUCAUUACCGGAGGUCUCCUGAGGCUGAUAUUCCAUUGGGUGCCUCAUCUCAUGCUCCUGGCCACGCACAAUAAAUGCUCUUUGGAAGAAGCGGAAACCGUUUUGUUGAUCGAGAAGUUUCAAGGAAAGCACACAAGCUAUCACGUGAAGAAGCUGAGGAACUUGACCGCUCAGGAAAUUAUUAACAAAUCUUUCCACGAAGAAUCUCUGAUGGACGAAGCAUGGGACGGCAGUGUAAUAACCACCAAAGAGGAAAAGGAAACACAUCCGAUGUUGUCCGUGCAUCUUUGCGGCGGUCAAUUCAAACAGGUGCCAUCCAUAACCAUUUUCAACUGCAAGAAACUGACCUACGUUUGGGACCCGGAGAGAUCGGAAUUCCUGAAGCUGCGUGGCCUCGACACCGACGUUCUAAUGUCCACGUUACAUCAAGCGCAAGGUCUCAGCUGUCAGGAACAGUACAUGAGGCGCAAUGUUUACGGCAACAACGAGAUUGUGAUUCCAGUGAAGAGCAUAUUCACGUUGCUCUGCCUCGAAGUGCUUAACCCGUUCUACGUCUUCCAACUAUUUAGUUUUUGCCUGUGGGUCGCGGACGACUAUUAUUAUUACGCCAUGGUCAUUCUCGCAAUGUCCAGCGCUGGUAUUAUAAUGGCUGUCUUCCAGACGCGACGGAAUCAGCAGAACUUGCGCUCGACGGUGCAUUCGUCCGACGUCGCCACGGUCAUGCGAGAUCGUACGACCGGUCAGACUGCGGUAGUGCCGGCCGAACGCUUGGUGCCCGGCGACGUUCUGGUCAUCCCGUCUCACGGAUGCAUAAUGCCGUGCGACGCCGUGCUGCUGACUGGCAACUGCAUCCUCAACGAGUCCAUGUUGACCGGAGAGUCCGUACCUGUCACGAAGACACCAGUUCCUUCCUCCAACGAUGUGAUAUACAAUACCAAAGAACAUGCUAGGCAUACGCUUUUCUGCGGUACCAGAGUCAUUCAGACGAGAUACUACGGCAGUGAGAAGGUGCUGGCGGUGGUCAUCAGGACAGGUUUCAAUACCAGCAAGGGUGAUCUCGUGCGAUCCAUCAUGUAUCCGCCGCCUGUGGAUUUCAAGUUUGAGCAGGACUCGUACAAGUUCGUUAUACUGUUAGCGUGCGUAGCCAUGAUCGGCGUUAUCUAUACCAUCGUGACGAAAUUAAUGAGAGGCGUUCACGGCAGUCACAUUACUCUGGAAGCGUUAGAUCUCAUCACCAUCGUGGUACCGCCGGCGCUGCCGGCCGCCAUGACCGUGGGACGUCUUGUAGCGCAACGUAGAUUGGAAAAGAAGAAAAUAUACUGCACGAGUCCGAGAACGAUCAAUGUGUCGGGAUCCAUCGAUUGCAUUUGCUUCGAUAAGACUGGAACGUUGACCGAAGACGGCUUGGAUAUGUGGGGCGUGGUGAGCGUGUCGGACGGGAAGUUUCAGCUGCCUGUCAAGGACAUCGCCAGUCUGCCAUUAUCCGAAGCCCUUAUCGGUAUGGUUACGUGCCACGGACUCACCAUAAUCGAUAACCAACUGAUGGGAGAUCCGCUCGAUCUGAAGAUGUUCGAAUCCACUAGAUGGACGCUGGAGGAACCCGACGUGUCCGAUACAUCCAAAUUCUCCAUGCUUUUCCCGACGAUCGUAAGGCCGGCAAAGAACUCCAAGCUUUUAAAGAGACUGCCCAACGAUCUGGGUGGUACGGUCAGUCGACAAAACUCCGUGUCUUCCGAUGUGGUGGACGGUAUAUCCCUUAACAAUCUCCACGACGCUGCGUUCAGCGAUUCCACGACGGAGCUGGCCGAGCAGGGACUGGAAGUGGGUAUUGUUCGACAGUUUCCCUUUACGUCAAGUCUGCAGAGAAUGAGCGUGAUCACCAGGACAUUAGGCGCCAAUCACUAUGAUCUUUAUUGCAAGGGUAGUCCAGAGAUGAUUCUCAGUCUCUCAAGAGCAGAAUCCAUUCCUCCAGAUUUCUCGGCCAUUCUGCAAGAAUACACGUCCGAGGGAUAUCGAGUGAUCGCUCUCGCGCACAAAUCUCUGAAUCGUCUUCCGUACGCCAAGGUGCAACGCAUAAACCGCGAAGCCGCCGAGACUGAUUUGACAUUCUUGGCGCUCAUAGUUAUGGAAAAUAGGCUAAAGCCCGAAACCUCGCCGGUGAUCGCCGAACUAAACACUGCGUUCAUCAAAACGGUGAUGGUCACGGGCGACAAUAUGUUAACCGCACUCUCGGUGGCCAGAGAUUGCGACAUCGUGAAGCCGGGCACGCCCGUGAUCGCCGUCUCGACGAACCAGCAGAAUCAGCUGAAGCCGCAGAUCUACUUCACAAAGAGCAACAGUCAACCGUCGCCGACUUCGCCGAGCGGUCAGCCGGAUAUCAGCGAAAUAUCCGAUAUGAACAGCGUGGUUAGCUUGGAAACUGUCGAGAGUGGCUUCGGCAAUACCAAGUUGGAGAACGAUAUCAAUUAUCUCUCGGACGAUGUGCAAUAUUCCAAGAAUAAGUACGUGUUCGCGUUGACGGGCAAAACGUGGGCGUUAAUAAAGCAGUAUUACCCAGAGCUGAUACCCAAGGUGGUCACCCGCGGUGCCAUUUUCGCGAGAAUGUCGCCUGAUCAGAAGCAGCAAUUGGUUCAGGAACUGCAGUCCUUAGGAUACUACGUUGCCAUGGUGGGAGACGGCGCUAACGAUUGCGGCGCGUUGAAGGCGGCGCACACCGGGAUAUCCUUAUCGGACACGGAAUCUUCCGUUGCCUCGCCCUUCACCAGCCGCGAAACCAACAUCUCUUGCGUCCUGACGGUGAUACGCGAGGGCCGCGCCGCGCUGGUGACCUCCUUCGGCAUUUUCAAAUACAUGGCCGGAUACUCGCUCACGCAAUUCAUCUCGGUGAUGCUUCUCUACAGCAUCGAGUCCAACUUGACGGACAUCGAGUUUCUGUAUAUCGAUCUCUUCAUCAUCUCCAUAUUCGCUUUCUUCUUCGGCCGCACCGAGGCUUACGAGGGUCCGAUGGUAAAAAUGGCGCCGCUCAAUAGUCUCAUCAGCACGUCGCCGAUACUCAGUCUGAUCACCCAACUUCUGAUCGUUGCGACCUUCCAGUACACGUGUCUCUGGCAUCUGCGGCAGAUGCCGUGGUUCGUGCCGUUCAACGCGACCGCUACCGAGGAUAAGGAUGACGUGGGCUGCUUGGAGAAUUACACGGUCUUCAUCGUCAGUUCCAUGCAGUACAUCAUCCUGGCAGUGGCGUUCUCCAAAGGGCCGCCGUACAGAAAGUCCCUCUUCACUAAUUACGGCCUACUCACCUCCUUCGUGUUCCUCAGUCUGUUCUCCAUCUAUCUCGCGAUAUGUCCCUUCGAGUGGCUGGCCAAUUGGUUCGAGCUCGUGCUACCCAACGAUGUGGGCUUUCGCUUCAUCCUGGUCGGCUACGGCGUGGUAAACUUCGUAGUCGCGCUACUGGUCGAGUAUCUCUUCGUGGAGUACCUCGUGUUCGGCAAGUUGCGCUACCGCUGGCACGACGUGGAUAAAUCUCGACGGAAGUUCCUAGCCAUCGAACGAGACAUGGCGCGCGAUCUCAAGUGGCCGCCGAUUUCCCAGGAACCGCUUCCGGAAGCGGCGCCGAAUUUGUUGAUCCGGCAGAACGUCACCGAGAUCAAGAUCGAGAAACGGAUCACCGAGCCGUGCCUGCCUACCGAUACCAGCUUCAUGAACAGCUCGCCGAUAUGCGCCGGUUUCAAGCACUUCGGGUCCGCUCGCGAGGUCACCCUCAAUCCUAGAUCGCUUUUCAACGACUGCCGAAACACGGUGUCGAUGCAGACCGUACCGUGCUUCGAGGACAAGGACUUGUCGCCGAAGCAAUCGGACGCGGAGGUCGUGACGGUGAAGCGACGACACAAUUCGGAAUCGGCGAACGGCAUCAAUCGUUACGAGAAGCCCUUCAUGAAUCACAAUACUAAUCCCAUCGCCACGCUUCCCAGAAAUCCCAACGCCACCCUUCAGCCGCAGAAGUUGAGGGAUUUCAAGGAUGUCCUAGUGCAUAAGAGCGACGAUCGAGUGUCGUCCAACUCCCAGAACGUGCUUGAAUUAGACAUCCUGCCGUCCUGAGGUCCGUGGCACUCGGAAAAUCGGUCGAGAGGUAGCUGAGUACCUUGAAAUCAAGCUAAUUAACUCGGAAUAUUGUUCAAUCUUCAUUUCUGAUUGACGCAUUUAGAGAGUAUCAGAUGGAUACUUGCGAUAGUUAUAAAGCAUAAUCCGAAAGGUCCGGAUCUUCAAUAAGGCGACUUUGUGCUUUGAAUGUCGGAUGCACUUGUAAUCUCGAUUCUCGACCUUCCAUCCGGUAUUUGUGAUAGCCAGAAUGUGUAUUUGAUAUAUCAAUCAUGAUGACGAUUAGUUUUUAUAUAAAAAAAAGUAAAUGGCGGUCGACUCGAAUUCCAUAUUCGAUCGAACGAAUUCGGAGUCAAUGCAUUUAGUUGGUAAACGGUAUCCACGAUUUGAUGAUUAAUAACGUUACUUAAGCUAAUGCAGGUAUAAGAAUCGGACGUUAGGAACAGCAUUAAAGCUGUUUAGUCAUUAUUUGCGAUCUCUAGCUAUUUAAUUAGCCCCGGAUUCUCUCAUUGUUCUUUUUUGUAGAGCAGCUCCUCUUUCGCUUGAAAGUAGUUAGUAUUUAAUAUGUAAUUUGUUGCAUAUAUGCAUAUGAUAAUUUAUUACAUUUUAUUGAUACGUAAUUUAUAAUAUCCCCUUAUUUAAUAUCCCAAUCGCAAAUCGCUUUCUAACUUAGGAAUUAUUUAUAUUUACCGACUCAGGCCAGGGUCCCUUUUGACCCAUUCCUCCUUUAUCCCCCUAGUCCUCUUUCUUUUUUUUUUUUAGUCUUUUCCUCGUUAGUAUCCGAGAGCGGAAAAGUAUUAUUGUUAUUUAUCUUCGCAAGCAAGAUAUUGUAAAUUAUAUAUUGUAUAUUAUGCACAGGGAAGCGUUCCCUCUUUGGACACGGAGCGCAGUGUAUUGUGUUUUAAAGACGUAAAUGUGUUUAACAUUUACCGCAGGAUCUUAGAGCGAGGCGAGAACAUCGCGCGAGAAUAAUAAUGUCUUUUUUCACUGCGAUUCGAAAUACUUUAAGCUAACUCUCUCGCGACUUAAUCCUCCAAAGUUCGUUUAGCUGGGACGGAAAUUUAACAUUGACUACCUGGCCAUUAUUCCCGGAGCACUGGACUUGUUUCUUGAUGCAUUUUUACAUCCCAUCCUCUCUUCAAAUUUUACUCGUAUCUAUUCAAACAGCAUAACUGUACAUAAUAAGUAAUUUACAACGCAUACAUUUAUUGCGCGUUGCAUUUUAACGGAACGAUAAGAUUCGAGAAGAAAUUACGAAUGAUGAUUGUAAAUCAAUUGUUUGCAUAAAUAGAAAUUGAAUUCGUCGCCGCUACUGAUAAACAUUCAUCUCGAAAGUCAUUCCACGGCGAAAAAUUUGAACUUAGAGAGGUGAUAUUGCGAAAAGUUUAGUGGCUGUCGGAUACGUGCGUAUUUAAGGCGUGUACAUUAAGUAAUGGAAUUAUCUUGAAAAACUAUACAAUGUUAUAAAGUAGGCCGAACCGAUAGCGAUUAACUAGAUAUCGCUCGGGGCCGAUUACGUACUGUUAAAUAACUACGUCAGAGAUAAAAAAAAAUUAUAUGUACUUACAAAAUGCGCAACGGAUAUAUAGAUACUUAAUCGCGCUGGUUUACUUGCGACGCCCUAUAGUUCGUGUUGAAAAGUAGCGGUUGUCAAAUAAAAUAUGUUUUUAAUGUAGACACUGUUCACUCAUUUUAUCGUUGCUUUUUCUGUAGCGUAGCAAGAAAAAAAUCGAUGACAUUAAAAUUUAAAUGAAUUUA